AUGGCUGGCCUCUUAUCACAGGUUCCCGUCGUGAACCGACUCUUGGGACUGGUCUCAACCCGUCAGUCAAUUGACGUCCCCCCGGUCGAGGUUCACUCGAUUGAGACAGACCCGGACAGAAGGGCAAGAUGUCUAAAGCAUCUGUUGAAGGCCAAUCACGCCAACUACUCAAUCGUCUACCACAAUCUUGAGUUCGACAACCACAACCCUCAUGUCCUCAGCUCGGCGUACCUCCUUGGGGCAAGUGUCUCUCAGCUGAAUGACAUUUACGACAAGCAGAUUGUUGAGCUAGAGCCAUGGGUGCCUUCACCUGCGGAGAUUGGUGACGAUGAUUGGGAGGAGCUUCGAGGGGACCGAAGAUACCAGCGUGCCUUUGUCGACUAUUUCGAAGACAAGCUUGUCAUGCGCUUCAACUAUGACUGGCGACAAGAGAUGGUCCAUUAUUUGUUCACGGGCGACGAGCCAUUGUGGCAUGGUCUAAUUGGUGGCCUUGGACACCCUCUCAUUCAUCUUGGAUAUGCCUUUGAGAUGGACUGCAAGGAGGUUGCGAUGGAGUCACUAGGCCUCGCUUGCGUGCAGUACAACUUCUUCCACAAGUACAUUGACAACAAAUCCUACACCAAGAAAGCUUCCUUCACCUCCGACUCACCGCUUCAGCUGCUCAUCAAGAUGACCAAGGACGAGCGGUUCAAUGCCCUGCCAAAACACCCCGAUCUCGACGACCUGCCAGAGAUCUUCGAAAAGUACGAGGAUCUGAUCCUGGAGUACUGGAAUGCCUGGGAGAUUAACGACCCUCUCAAGCAGUUUGAGAUGUCGCAAGAAGCUGCAGUGGCUAUACUGGUUGCCACUGUUCAACCAGGAACUCAUGCCUUCGAUUUCUUCCUUGUCCAUCUCUUGACCACGAGUCAUGCUGUUCGAAUUCUGCUACCUUACUUCCCGAAAGAGCACCACAUCACUCUUGUCCGAGAGUGGUGGCUUCUGGUGCUGGCCGUCUUCAUCGUCAGGGGCCGACCUCUGCCCAAUCCAGACAAUGUGGACAGCGACCUGAAAGGCAGGGACUGGAAAUACGUCGUGGACAAGGCUCUGAACUCGUCUUGGGCCACCGAUGCUCAUUACGUCAAAGCGAUCCGCGCUAUGAAGGAGGCGUCGCAGACUUGGGGUGAUGCUAACAACCUGUACCUCCUUGCCGCCCUCACUUUCGUGGACAACUUUCAAGGAUGGACAUUUUAA